UUGGCGAAGUGCUCGUUUUGUUUGCCCUUUUCGAUCAAUGAUUUGUUGUUUUUAUUAUGAAAUCAAAACAUCGACUUUAUCCUACGUGGACGAACUAUAACUCAUAGGUGUGGUCGUGUGUUCGGUUCUAUUAUUGCGCAAUGCAACCGGUAAAUGUCGUGUGAAAUUGUACUUUCUUUGACUGUGCGAAUUAGAUCAUUUGGCAAGGUCGUGGCACCUUGAAUCGAAAAUUUUAAAAAUUCUGCGUGCACUGAUGCGUAGGACAGUCGCAUCUAGUGUUUUCGGUGUGUUAUCAGUUGUUGUUUUGUGAUAGUGUGUGCUGUGAAAUGGGGUCGACGGGGCUGACUCUGGCAGACCUGCCAAACAUAUUUAUUAUGAUUGGGGCGCUUGUUGCCCUGUUCGCGAUGCUAGUCAUACUCCUCAGGAACAUGGAAGUGAUAGGCAUAGUAGGCGAGGGUCGCGAGGAUGCGUGGCGCAGAGCGAUGCAGCCGCCACGUCUGAUGAUGCAAAGGGUGCACAUACCGUUCACGUUCAAGCUCCAAGAGAAUGAGCCUAUAGGAUAUGAUGGCGUCAGCUGCUGUGUGUCGUCAACAGUGCGGUACUGGCACGCCAGUUGGUGGGGGGCGCCAGUCAGAGAGCUGCACAGUACCUUGUGGGGCACGCUCGCAGAGAUCUUCUCUUCGAAGCACUUGGACUUCACACUAAACAAUCCACACGAAGACAAUCCUCUAAGGUUGUCGACGCCCGACCCUCUGCAGCUGGGCCCUCCGCCGAGGGCGUGCUACCCGCUCGUGGUCAUCCUGGCGCGCGACCAGAGGGACACGGGGGACCUCCGGCCCGACGACACGGUGGCGUUGGUGAGCGUGGUGCACAUCAGGGACGAUCAGUGCCCACUGCCCAGCGGGAUCAUAGCGCAGUACCUCAAGCAGGCCAACGGGCACCUCUCUUGUCUGAAGCAACUAUACGUUAGCGGAGACGCGUGCGGCGAAGCGGAGGGCUACGCGGAGGACGCGCACGGCGCGCUGUGCUGCGUGUGCGCGUCGCGGCCGCUGUCGCGCGCGCUGCUGCCGUGCCGCCACGCGUGCCUGUGCGCGCGCUGCUUCCCUAAACUGGACAAGUGUCCGAUCUGCCGCAGCGCGAUCACCAGCUACUUCUGCAUCAGGAACGACGACGAGCCGCUGUCGGAGCUCAAGCAGCAGCCGCUCUUCAACCGGCGGCUGUUCAACCUGUUCCACUACCACUAGCCUUGAGGCAGUGAGAUGCCAUAGACAUCACAAACGAGACAGAAUAUUGUACUUCAGUAACUGUAGACUGCGUAUUUACCGGUCACACCUAGAAUGUACCGGUUGAAGUGCUGAACUCAAAUGAUUUUAGUGAAACUUGUUUUUUUAGUUUUAGCCUUUACGUUCUACUCGGACUUUCUUGUGAUUUAGUUUAGUUCUUUGAAAAGACGUUCAAUUGGAUAUAUGAUAUUCAAUGACUGUAGGUAUUAUGUGGUAACAAUAAUGUGACUGUUGGAUCGGCUUUAUUCGAGCAGCUAGAACCAUGGUGUACAAUGUUGAAGAAAAAUUUCCUAUACCUUGUAAAAAUAAAAUAAUUUAUUCCUUACUAAUAACACUACUAUACAUUUCGCACGUAAUCCUAAAUUAUCACUUACCAUACUAAUUUGUAGCUAGCUAGAAGAACCCUUAACCAGGCUCAGGAAAAAAAUAUUUUCCUUGGUUUUCAACCGUAUCUUCACAGCAUAAAGUUCAAAUCGAUUUGGGCUUGGUUAAGGGACAUAGCACAUCUUCCUCGCGAAUCCAUGACUACCAAAACAUACUUACUGUUAUUAAUAUAAGUUUUUGUUGAAGAUUAAUUUGUAUGAGUCUGACGGCGCCAUCUGGUGGCCAGAAUACGAACGACUAAUGAAACUUUUCCCUGUGUAUUGAAUUUCAGAGA